GUCGCUUAUGAACAUAGUUUAGGUGUUUACAUAAAACAAUGAAUAAAGAACUAGAUGAAGAGGUAUUGCAAGACCUGUAUGCUUGGAUUGACAAAAUACCACUUUCCAGACCAAAACGAAAUAUAACAAGGGAUUUCAGUGAUGGAGUCAUGGCAGCUGAGGUGGUGAAGUUUUAUUUCCCCAAACUCGUGGAGCUCCACAACUACACUCCGGCCAACUCGACCAACCAGAAGCUGAGCAACUGGGGCACUCUGAACAGGAAGGUGUUUGCCAAGCUGAACUUCCAUGUGCCAGAGGACAGCCUGAAGAAGAUGGCGCUGUGCUCUGCAGGGGUCAUCGAAGCCUUCCUCUGCACACUGAGAGAGAAGAUCGACGACAAGAGGCUGGGCAGAGCUCUGGAGGAGAGAGGAACACAAGACGUGGAGUACUACAGCACCACAAUGGAAAGAUCCAGAACAGACCACCACCGUGUCCCAGCAGCCCCUCCUCACGUGAAGCCAGGCGCAGCGACGAGGAAAGAGGACGUCCAGAAAAGCAGGGCCCAACCCACCACCGUGAUCCCCUCAAACAUGGACCCCACCUUCCGCCUGCUGCUGGAGGAGAAGGAGCAGGCUGUGCUAGCCCUGAAGGAGACCGUGGAGAUCCUGCAGAUCAAAGUGAGCAGGCUGGAGCACCUGGUGCAGCUGAAGGACCUGCGCAUCGAGGACCUGACCCGGCACGUGGAACGCCACAGGACCCGGGCCAACAUGCCGUGA